AUGAUAACCAGCAUUUACACUGCCGUCGCCGGCCUUGGCGAGGCGCUCAGCAAAAUCAUACGCCCUCAAUCCCAUCAAAACUCUGAGGACCACUCACACUUGAGCGAAAAUCAGGUCAGCUUCAGCCGCGAUGAUGCUGGCCUUUCUCAUGAUAGUGAGCUCCGAUGGCUUGACCGAGAUGGACUCGUCGUCUUAAUGGAAAGCUACAGGGAUUUUUCAAAAUCUCUGUCAAAAGUCUGGGAGUGUAUUGAGCGCGAAACCAGAGAAGAGUCAAACAAAGACCUGGCCCCCUUGAGCGCCAGUAUGGUGGACAGCAAUGACCGCGACGUGACGGAGCGUUUUGCAUCGCAACUUAAACGAGUAUUCCAGUUCCUGGACAGAGUGUACGAGAUUCGAACAAUUGUCAGAAUUCGUGACAGCAAUGAAUUUGUCCCUUCUGUUCUUGAUUAUGGAAUUUCUCCGGAUUUUGCUGCUGGUUUGGAAUCGAUCAAAUGCUUCAUGUCGGAUCCUGCAUUGCCUCUCGUUUGUAACAAUAUAUUGAACAAGCACCGAGAAUAUGAAUGCGGGGUCUCGCAGGCGUUUGUGGAUCGGGUUGCGCUUGAUAUCAAGGCAAUACUUCGCAAUCUUCCAGCGCCCAGCUAUGUUGAAUCCCAAAACUAUCGCCAAAAGUUACAGAAUAUUUUUCCCUCUCAACAACAUACUGAUUCCAGUGUGCGUCUUUCAAUUCCAGGGUCAUUCCCUGAGUUCAAUGAGCUUGGAGAACUCGUCGAACAAAACAAUACGCAACGUUACAUAAACAGCUUUAUCCGCCCAACGCCUCUUACCACGGAACAGCUGAGUUCUGUCAGAUCCAUUCUCAGAACUCGUCGCAAACAUCCCUCUACAUUCACCCCUAAGCGCCUUGGUGUGGCGCGCCGACCCAAAGCUGUGCGCUUCACCGAUGAUACCGUCAGCCCAAGACCGCGAACUCACAUGGGCCUGGAAGUACCCAGAAGAACCAACCACAACGGCUCCCAAGAGCAGCGGCCCAGCUGGGUGCAGAAAUUGUUCAAUACCCCGACCGCCACAGUUGAAAACUCAGCCAGAGAUAGCAUUCUUGCUCCAUCCAAUUUCACCAAUAGCUUCCGUCGCCGUGUGGAGGAAAGGGACCACUAUGACCCUAAUAUUCGCAUAAAAGAACUAUUGGAUACUCCUUCGCUACAGCUCCCAAUAAGUGAUGAUUCGAGGGUUGGAAUAGAGUUGCAAAUUGAGGAAGUCAAACGAAAGGCUGCAGAAAAGGCCCGUCUGGCUGCCGAGGCCGCAAAGCGGGAGGCUGAGGAGAAGGCUCGACGCGAGCUUGAGGAACGUCUCGCUCGGUCUGGUGGACUCCGUAUGCCCAGCCAGGAACUUGUUGCGCCUGUUUCGUCACAAUGGCACCAAAAGGCUAUAUCGACACUCCGUGCGUCACCUGCCGAGUCCCUUGCGAAGUCUGCCGAGGGUGUUGAUUUACGAAGGCAUGACUUUGCAAAGGUAGUCUCCGCGACAGAGUGGCUCAACGAUGAGAUCGUCAAUGCAUCACUUCUCUGGCUUGAUCGGGCUAUCAACUCAGCCGCUGGCAUCAAGGACGUCAAGAAAAGCACUCGCAAAUGCUUUAGUCUCGGCUCCUUUUUCUUCAAGCGACUCCAGGACCAAGGCGUCCGCUCAACCCAACGAACUCUCCGCCGUUAUGGUGUUGAGAAGAAGAAUUUCCUCGAUAUUGAUACCAUCCUCUUGCCGAUCUGCGAGCGUUCUCAUUGGACCCUGAUUGUCAUUCGGCCUUCCAAACGGACACUGGCGCAUAUGGACUCGAUCAACGCCGGUGGUAACUCGGCCUAUACCAACCGUGCCAUGGCAUGGAUCAAGGAUGUUUUGGAGGAGAAGUUCGUCCAAGACGAAUGGAAAAUCACUCUUCACGAGGCUCCUCUGCAGAACAACGGACACGACUGUGGUGUUCAUACCAUCACAAACGCCAUGUGUAUUUCGCUAGGCCUUAGUCCUAUUGACUCAUACACUGCAACUGACAUGCCGGCACAGCGGAUCCGCAUUGCCUGCAUGCUUCUUAACGGCGGUUUCACUGGGGAUUUUGACCUGCGAGUAUAUUAG